AUGUCUACUAUCGCUUUUCUGAUAUUUUGCGUUCAAGUUUGCUUAAUUCAGAAUGUAUACAGUCAAGGCAUAGGCGCCGCUGGCCCAUACAAUGGUCCAAUACCUGGCCCAUACAAUGGCCCAAUAGCUGGCCCAGUAGCUGGCCAAAUAGCUGGUCCAUAUGAAGCCAUCGCUGGCGCGUACGGCGGUUCUGGCAUCGGCGACGUAGCCGUGGUUGGUGAGAUGCCGGUGGCUGGCACCACGCUGGUCACCGGUCAAGUGCCGAUCCUUGGUGCAGUGAGAUUCUCUGGAGACCUGCCAGCUGGUGGCAUCGUGUCUAUAUCGGGUAGCUGUGGCUGUGGGUCUAAUGGUCCUAUUGGCAUCACCGCCCUGUGCAUUAACAGUGCCUAUCCUGAGAACCUCGCAUAUUCGUCUUACGCGACCUACCCACAAUACGCGCCUGCACCAUGUGGCUCAUACGCCGCCCCAUACGCGGGUGCAUAUGCGCCCAGUGGACCAUACAACCCAGCCAUGCUAUCUGCAUCAAACGGAGGAGGUCUCGCUGUCGCCAGUUCUUCUCCAAUCGCUCCAGUCGGAGUAUCUAUGACUUCUGAAAACGCAUUCGAAGGUCCGUUAGCGGUUUCUGGGCAAAUACCAUUCUUAGGGGCAGUGGGAGUCGAGGGAGCUCUGCCCACAGCGGGCGCUGGCGCUAUACAAUACGGUUGUGGAAAUGGCAAUGUUGCCAUGUUGGCUGAGGACAUGGGUUACGGGUAUGGAGCGGUUGCCCAGGGAUAUGCGCCUGCCGCGUAUGGAGCCAUGCCGUAUGCCCAAUAUGCGCCUUCUGGAUGUUUUAUUCUGAAACGAACUUCAGGUCAAGCCAUAAUGUCUUCCUUUGCCAUUUUCGUGCUCUGCUUGCAAGCUUGCUUGCUCCAGAAUGCUUUAGCAAGCUGCGGCUGCGCUGGCGCUGGUCUGGGCUACGGCAUCGGCCCAGGUCCCUACCUCCCCGCCGGCCCAUACUCCGCUCCUCUCCUGGAGGCUCCAUACGGCGCCUACGCUGGCCCCUUCGCUGGCCCAUACGGUCCCCUAGCCGGUCCUUUCGCUGGUCCCUUCGAGGGUCUCGCUGGAGCGUACGGCGGUGAGGGCAUCGGUGACGUAACUGUGUUCGGAGAGAUGCCAGUGGCCGGUACCACCCUGGUCAACGGUCAAGUGCCAAUCCUCGGUGCCGUGCGCUUCGCGGGAGACCUGCCAGCUGGUGGUGUGGUCACCAUCGCUGGUAGCUGCGGGUGCGGAUGCAGAGUACCUUAUGCCUACUAG